AUGACUGACGGCGUGUCCCUCUCCCGCGCGACCUCCAUUUCCCGAGCCAGCAAACACAGCUCCAGCCUCUCCCGCAGCCAGUCCCUCAUCCGCAAAAGCAUCGCGCCCCACGACCUCCGCCCCUCAGAUAUCCUCAUCGAGCGUUUCACCGCGUGGAAGAUCAUCGUCAAGCAGCUCAUAGCCUACUUCGAGGGCAUCGCAGACAUCCAGAACAAUGUCGCCAGAGAGAUGACCAAGCUGGCCGGGGUUAUACAGGUCCCCUUUCGGUCUGGGAACCAAUUCCUCGGCGAAGGUGGUCUGCAGGACAUCUACUACGGCAUCCGAGACAAGACCCGCGCCAUAGCUGACCAGCAUGCCAACCUCGGGCGCACAGUCGACGGUUCCAUAGUCCAGCACCUCCAAAAGCUUCGAGUGGAGAUCAAGGCCCACAUAAAGAACAUCCAAAACGAUACAGGCAAGCUCGCCACCGCUGUAGCUAAAGAGCGCGAGCUCUCGGCUAAGCUCGUUGGCGAUCUCGGUACGGACAUAUCUAUUCUGAAGAACACCCCUCUUGGCGUCACAGCAAAGACCGAUCCUUACGUCGCCAACCAAGCCGUCGCUCGACAGCUUGUCAAGCAAGUCCACACCGAGAACGCGCUACAGAAGUCGUUGCUACUCACCCAAUCGUCCUCCGCGCUUUUUGAGGCGUCCUUGAUCCAAGCAUUACAGUCCGCCUGGGCGACGUUUGCAGAAUGGCGUACGCGCAUGGACAACAGCAUUCGUGACACAUGGAACAUACUCGAGCGUGACAUGUCCGGUCUUCCACCCGACCGCGAGUGGAUUGCCUUUGCUGCCCGCGAGGACCACCUCGUUGAUCCCGAGACGCCCCUUCGUGAUCCGGAGAACAUCCACUACCCAUCAAAGGAGGAUCCCUCCGUAAUCCCGGUGCACAUCGGCCUCUUAGAGCGCAAGAAGCGCUACACGCGCACAUAUCGUGAGAGUUACUAUGUGCUUACGCCCUCUGGCUUCCUGCACGAGUACGCCUCGUCCGACCCCGCGCUCGCGGACAAGCCGCUCUGGAGUCUGUUCCUGCCGCUAUGCACGCUGGGUCCGCCAAGCGCGCCGUCCGCGAAGAGUCACAAGUUCCACAUCGAGGAGCGCAAGGACGGCACAGGCUCCGUGAAGACCGGGUCGUUCCGGGGGCUGACGAGCAGCUUCCGUAGCACGAACAACGGGCGCGCGUGGGCGUUUCGAGGCCGCUCGCACGACGACAUGAUGGAGUGGUGGAACGACAUCCGCAUGCUCUGCGCGCGCUACCUCGUCGCGAGCGAGCAGAUGGAGCGGAGCGGGCCCGUUGCUGCGGCGGUCCGAGCGGCGGGCUACGCAAGCGAGGAGGAGCAGGACGACGAGGAGGAAGAGGGGUCGAGCGUCGAGGAGGAACAAGAUGCUGACGAUGAAGACAUGUACGAGCAGGCGCGGGAGAACCCCGGAGACGACGAGGCCGCUGGCCCGCCGGGCUACAGUCAUCCGACGACAAAGGAAUUCGAGCAUGGUGCCAACGGCUAUCCUGUACGAGGAUCUCACGCGCUAGCAUAG